AUGUCAAUUGUCGGACAAAGCCUGUUGUUGUUUCCUGAGGGCACGAGAUGGACACCAGAGAAACAUGCUAUAUGCCAGAAAAUUGCCAAGGAAAAGGGAUAUCCAGAAUAUAAACACAUGCUUUUACCCAGAACUAAAGGAUUUACUCUGUCUAUGCAGCUCAUGAAAGGAAAAGUUUUCUUAAUUAGUGCUCAAAUCUUGCCAGAGCCCUUAGUUCAAUAUAAUAACCGUAACUCGGUGUGCUAUGGUCCUGGAACACAUGGCCAGUUUCGUCCAUCCUGUCCGAACACCGACACCGUCAUUGCGGUACAGGAACUGAGAGUAGGCUCGAAACCAGUAGAAGCUGACUGUCCAAACAGCGUUACUGAAUGGACAGACCAUACCGGAAGUUACCUCGUGGAUCACUCUGAUAAUACUAAGAUUCUUAAUGAAUCUGCAUGUUGCUUUCCGGAUGAAGGUCAAGACUGUACAUUUAUAUAUAACUAUACAAAUUCUGGUUUAGAAUACAAGUAUCACAUUGAUUCGUCCGGGUAUUCAGAGAGCAAGCCAGAUAUGGAAGUAUCCUGGGAAAAGACACGUUGCAACAGCACGUCCAUUUAUCCGAUCGGCACACAUUUCAUGUACAUGGAUUACUCGUGUAUCAAACGUACGAAGAUAGGUGAUAUGUGUUCUAAUAGCACAUAUACCACAACGGAUGGUACAUUUUACCUUUACAAUUCUGGUUAUCCAAGCAGUGUUAAAGCGACCGUCGACUUUUGUCAAUGUGACAUUCAGUCAGAUGCAGCCAGCAUUCAGUUCUACACAAUUGAUUUACGUCUAAAGAAAGAUGGGAAUGAAUGUAAACAAUCACUUAAUAUAACAGAUUCUGAAGGAACAACUACCUGGGACUGUGAAUCAGCUCCGAUUUUCAACUUAACUAAGCGUAUCCAUUAUCCAGUUGUAACAGCAACAUUUAUAAAUGAUCUUCAAAUCGAUGGUGGUUAUGUCUGGAUUGGUGUUUCCGGUGACGGUGGCGACCAGGUACUAAUUGAUUGUAGAUAUCAAUUAAAAGAAGGCACGAUUCAAACUACGACACCCAUUCAAUAUACAAGCACUGCAAAAGGACCUACAGUCACAAUGUCAACUGCAUUAUCUAGCGAAAGCACGUUUGAAAUACAUCGGUCAACUGCAUCUGACGAAAGAACACCUGCACUACAGGAAUCAACUUUGUCAGCUAGUGAAAGUUCCUUUACAUUUUUUGGGCCCACUGUAUCUAUUAGUGAAACAACGUUUGCAAUACAUGAGUCAACAUUUUCAACUUACGCUAGCACUUCUGCUGUUAUUGACUCAACUAUGUAUACAAGUACCACAAGCAAAUAUACAACGCCAAAUACACAGUCUUCGACUCAUCCGUACACUAUCGUUAUCAAAGAUUAUCGACAAACAAUAAUAGUAUAUGUUGUAUGCGGAUUAGUGGUGCUUGUUCUCAUUUGUAUCUUGGUCAUGAAAAUAUGUAAAAAAGCUACAUCACAGGUUGGCCCAUUGAGGGUCGAAGAAGGAACCUCAUCCGGGACAAAUAGCGGUAAUAGAAGAUUAAGUAUGGAGACUAAGGCUGAUAACAGUAGUAAUGAUAACACUUCUUGCGGUAGGAACGAAGAUUCCGAAGAAACCGGAGAAAGAAGUUCAAUUUUGAAAGUAUUCGUGGCUGUCCCAGUUCAAAUCAAGAAAAAGAGCACUUCAAGUUUUGAAAGCGUUUGUGGCCCAUCGAGUUCUGAUGUGUGUAAUUCUCCGAUCAACGUAAGUUAUGCAACAGACAAUCACAAAACAGCACAAAGCGGUCAUCAUUUUGAUGAAAGUAGUUCUUCCGAAGAGGAUCACCAUAAUAAACCGAAUCUGGGUGAUCAAAUUCUAUACGAUCGCACUCGCAGUCGGCAUCCUCAAUAUGAUUAUCCCAUAACGGGUCCUGGCUUUAGUGGACAAUCGGAGGAAGAAACAAAUAUACACAGAGACAGCAAAAGAAAGAUGAAAUACGUUGACAAAGGCGGAAAAAACGAGGUUAAAGACUCAAAUAGUCCAGGACAUGUAUCUCUGACAGAUGCAAAUACAUUGAGUUCACACAAAAUGCCAAACUCAUCAAAUUCAUCACAUGACUAUCAGACAACUUCGACCCAAAGCACAGUACAAGGGCAGAGAUCUGUUCCAAGUUUAACAACUAUACAACACAAAGACUCUACUUCAAACAGUAACACAAUCGACAGGAAUGAUCACUACUAA